AAGUUGGAGGUUGGUGACAAGGAGAGAAGCUGGAACAGAGAAGAGAGAACCGCAGGGAAAUGAGAGACUGAGCAGGCAUCUCAGGGUUUUUGAAGGAGUGGAUUUUCUUUGUUGCAGUCAGGGGAGGUUUGCCUGUUGGUUGCAGAAAGAAGUCAGAAUAGAGAUAUCGUGGGGUAGGUUUGUUUGGAACCGAAAUCAAAGACUAAUUUUUCUGAGAGAAGGAAAUAACAUCUGCAAAUGACAUGCUGUUUUUGCUACUUCCAUUGUUAGCUGUUCUCCCAGGUGAUGGCAAUGCAGACGGGCUCGAGGAGCCUGUCUCCUUCCAUGUCAUCCAGAUCGCAUCCUUUUACAACCAUUCCUGGAAACGAUAUCUGUUCUCAGGUUGGCUGAGUGAUUUGCAGACUCAUGCCUGGGACAGAAAUUCCAGCACCAUCAUUUUCCUGUGGCCCUGGUCCAGGGGAAACUUCAGCAAUGGGGAGUGGAAGGAACUGGAAAUGUUAUUCGGUAUACGCACCAUUCAGUCAUUUGAGGAAAUUCAUAGAUCCGCCCAUGAAUUCCAGUUUGAAUAUCCUUUUGAGAUACAGGUGACAGGAGGCUGCAAGCUGCACUCUGGAAAGGUCUCAGGAAGCUUCUUACGGUUAGCUUAUCAAGGAUCAGAUUUCGUGAGAUUCCAGAACAAUUCAUGGCUGCCAUAUCCAGUGGCUGGGAAUAGGGCCAAGCAUUUCUGCAAAGUGGCCAAUCGGAAUCAGCAUGAAAAUGACAUAACACACAGUCUCCUCAGUGACACCUGCCCACGUUUCAUCUUGGGUCUUCUUGAUGCAGGGAAGGCAUAUCUCCAGCGGCAAGUGAAGCCUGAGGCCUGGCUGUCCCAUGGCCCCAGUCCUGGUCCUGACCAUCUGCAGCUUGUGUGCCAUGUCUCAGGAUUCUACCCAAAGCCCGUGUGGGUGAAGUGGAUGCGGGGUGAGCAGGAGCAGCAGGGCACUCAGCGAGGGGACAUCCUGCCCAGUGCUGAUGGAACAUGGUAUCUCCGAGCAACCCUGGAGGUGGCUGCUGGGGAGGCAGCUGGCCUGUCCUGUCGGGUGAAGCACAGCAGUCUAGAGGGCCAGGACAUCGUCCUCUACUGGGAACAUCACAGCUCCGUGGGCUUGAUCAUCUUGGCGGUGAUAGUGCCUUUACUUCUUCUGACAGGUCUUGCGCUUUGGUUCAGGAAACGCUGGGUGAGAGACCAGCAGCCCAAGGGCUCAGGACACACCUGAACACAUCGUGGUGAUGACGUCCUCUCAACUCUCCUUGUAAAACUUGUGUUAUUUUUGCUUGUUUCUGAUUAAUGAUCAUUUGUCAAUAUAAGCUCAAUUUAAUUUUGCAAGAUUUGUUGUUCUGACCUGUGUUCUGAGACUUAAAAUUCAAAUUUUAUCUCCAAAUGGAAUGGGGUCCUAGCAACCUCCACAUGUUCAACUAUUAAUGGAUCAUCAGGCCUGUUUUGCAUAUCCCUUACUCCAGAGGGCCUUCCCUGACUCACAAGUGGGAAGCAGUCUCUCGCCGGUCUGAACUCCCGCCCCAUUUUAGCCGUACUUUGCUAACUGUGCUCCUCACUUCCUCUCCUUCGUUGCAGUUAUUUAGGUCCCCCCUUUCCUUCUAAUUUUUCAGCUCCUUCAAUGCAAAGUACAUGUAUUUUUAAUAUACGCAUCUCUGGUGAAGGAUCUUGCCUGCAUGAAACAUGUUCUCAAUAAAACUCUGUGUUGAAUGU